GUUUUUCGGGGGGUGGUCUGUUAAAGUGUAUUGUCUUUGCCGAAUCUUUGCAAACAUUUUCUGAUCCUUUUGGAGGAAAAAAUAUGUUUUGUUAGCUUCCCACCUGUAACCGAAAUGAAAUCCUUGCAAGGAUUCUACCCUUCAGCUAGAGACCUUUGCUGCCUUACUCCUUCUAGUUAUAGCAUCUAAAUCUUAAAGCUAAGUUACAACUUAAACAGCUGUUUAUUUCCUUGUCUGUAUUGGUUUGGGGUUUUAGCUGUUGGCUCUUUACUAGAAGAAACCAUCGAGCCGACCGAUGUCUUAAGGCCUUGUCAUGUAUAUUUUAACAGAACUAGAUGUUUAGAUUUUACUUUUCCUGAGGUGUCUUAAAUUUUCUUAAGUGCCGGAGACAUCGUCUUAUCACCAAUCGCCGGGUUAUUGGUCGGGGAAAUGUGUAAUUUUGUUUUGGUGGUGUGUUUUUUGUUCUAAAAGUAACAGUUUUGUGUUAUUGUUACGUUUGAACAAACGUUUCAGUGGAUACAGCUCGCACUGGCAGGUUGUUUGGUGUAUUGACAGCAACGCUUCAGGAUUUCGGUCAACGCCUUACUUAAUCUUUUGUAUUCUCCACGUAGAUAACUUUUGCUUACAGACCUUGUCGGAUAUGGGCUUUUGUCUAAAGACUAAACCUGAUAGACCAGUUGCUGCUACAGUCCCAAUACCCAACUUUCAAUGCAUCAUAAAUCCAUAAUGCUAUCUAAGUGUUUGUACUGAAACAUUUACACAGCGGGGAACUGUUUGACAGGGUAACGAUGUCAAGUUUUCCAUCACAUUAUUAUAGGUCUUGCAGCUUAGUUACCAAAAGCUUAACAAAAGCUGCAGUCACUGAUUUGAUCUAAUUUAGUUUGGUAUGAAUUGCAGCUGGCUGCUCGAUUCAUACAAACUAGUUAAUCAGUCGACUUGCAAACUCAGUGCGACCAUAAAGUGUUUAUGCUAGGCUUGCAAAGGGAAUUGAUACCUAAAGCAAACAUGACCACAAAGGCAAAUUUACCCGACGGUGUCCUUGUAUGUCCUCUGCGUUGUGCCCACUUAAUUUGCAGGGGUUUUUUGUUUUGUUUUUUUAAAGCAACAGUAUUCAGAAAGAGAUAUUAACCUUGGAUCUUGUCAGGCAUCUGUGUUAACCCGAUCAAGUUCAUGGUAGCUCAUUUCUUUUCACUGGCAUGAACAGCUAUUAUAUCUCCCAGUGGAUGAUUUAUUAAUUUAAUAUAUGACUAAUUUAGCAAGCGUCUGUAUGAUUGUUUUUGCCAGCUUUAUUUUGUCUCAGCUACAGCCAGAAAUACUAUACACCCUUGUCUUAAAUAAGGUCUAAAGUAGGUCUGUGUGUAUUUCUAACACUACCAUUUGGUAAUAUUGUAUUUCAGGGCUAUUUUGUGCAAUGUUAUUAAUAGUAUUUUCUCUUAUCCCGUCAUAUCAAUGCUAUAAUUGUUAUGGGCUGUUAACUAAUUAGGCCCAGAGGACAGCAUGUCUCGUGUGCCAAAUUUAGACCUUAUCCCUAAUAACUUCUCUAAAAAUGAACCCAACUGUUAUAUAUUCUUAAACUCACUCUUGUGACUGCUGGUGAUGUUUUCUUUUAACUGAUUUGACCUUGGGUUUCUUUUUGUAAACCUAGGCCUACAGGUGUAUCCCAGAUGAUGUAAGGCACCUCUGCCUGUAGAGACCAAGAUGACUGAAGUCCAGGCCACAGUGGAGUUCUCUGUGGAGCUCCACAAGUUUUACAAUGUGGACCUGUUCCAGAGAGGGUUCUACCAGCUGCGUGCCAGUCUUAAGGUGCCACCCCGCGUCCCACACAAGGUUGAGGCCAGUCUGCUUCACCCAGGAGGCUCUGAGCUGGCGUUUCCUGCAUCAGUCCAAGAUGACGUCAUCUGCAGCAAAACGUUCCAGAUCCUGUAUAAAAAUGAAGAGGUUGUUGUCAAUGAUGUCCUGCUCUUCAAAGUGAUGAUGCUGCUUGAUGAAAAGAGGGUCGAAGAGUCCCUCAAUGAUAUGGAUUUCCAGCUCUUCUUGGAUUUAUAUUUCACAGAUGGUGAUUACACGCCAGAUGAUCCAACCUCUCUACAGAAUAUCAGUGGUCGCACACUUCGUUUGCACUUUAGCCUUCAGCGAGGCAUCCACCAACACAUCAAUGUCAUGUUUGACUACUUCCACCUGUCUGUCAUCUCGGUAGCCAUCCAUGCCUCCCUUGUGGCACUACAUCAGCCCCUUAUCAGUUUACCUCGACCCGUCAAAUCCACAUGGCUUAACCGCAAUGCUCCAGCACAGAGCAAAGACUCAGUCAUCCCACCUCUGGAGAAUGUCGUGUUUGGCAGCACUUAUGUCAAGCAAGUAUCGUCAGAUGGCAGGACAUUCCUGGUAUCUGACCCGUGUCUGCAGCAUGCCUUCAGUCUGCACCAUAACCUUUGCUCCAAUCUCCUAAUAGCCUACCAGGGCCUCUUUGGCUACUUCACCUCCAUUACGAAGGACCUGCCCUCCUCUCAUCGUAUGGAAUUAGCCAAGCCCAGCAUGCAAGUCCUUUAUGAGCGAGUACUCAGAAGACCCUAUCCCCGAAGUCAAAGGCACGUCUACAUAGAACAACUUGACUUAGAGGCCCGUCUGACUGAGUUAUGUGAACAAGUCAAGCAAAAAGCAGAGUCACCUGAUGAGCUGGCAGAACUAGUUAAUAUGAACCUGGCUCAGCUCUGCUCUCUGCUCAUGGCUCUCUGGGGACAGUUCCUAGAGGUUGUGUCCCUGCAGGAGCAUGUUGCUGCCAUACUAGCUAUGGAGCAUCAUACACUAAGAGUAAGGCGGUUUGCUGAGGCUUUCUUUUGUCUUGAACAUCCAAGACAAUCCGCACUGGCAUAUCAGGAGUUACAUGCUCACAGUCACCAACAGAUGACUAAUGCGGUCAAAAGCUCCAGCUACUUCUUGUCUUUGCCGCCACUUCCAGUGGAAUGUGCUGACCUGGAUGGUGAUGUUAGCUCCCUACCAAUCAUCUUUGAGGAUAGAUACCUGGACUCUAUCACCGAAGAUCGGGAUGGACCCUGGCUGGGCAUGCACAAUACAAGGACUGGCUCAGUUUCUGCUAAAACGGACAAGCCUAAUGCAAAGGACCUCAGUGCAGUAGCCAGCCCAAUACCUGAGUCACGAUGUGUCCCUGUGGAUAACCCCUGGCCUGACAACUGUGAUCCACCACCUAAGUCCAAAGGCAAGUCAGUCAAACUGAAGAAAAAUUCAAAGACUGAAAACUCUAAGAAGCUGAUUAGACAAGGCUCUAAAGACUCUGUGGUUUUGGUGGGCUAUAAGAACCUCAAAGCUCCCUAUGGUGCCAGCAGCUCAAAGUACAAAGAAGGGGAAGUUGCACUUAACCAAGAUGAGGAACAAGGUACUUUACUGGGGGACACAACUAGUCAUUUAAGGACUAAUGCCAGUUCUGUUUUUGACUCUUUUGUCACAUCAGUACAUUCUGGAAACCAUGCUGAUGAUUCUGUUGUGGACAAUAAUGUAACUAAUGCUGCUUGUCAGAAAGGUAUUUUUACAAAUCCUACAACCUUGGACACUCAGAGUAAUCCCCAGGCGGGUACUGGGGCUGUUGCUACAUGUAACCAACCGAUUCCAAAAGACAAACAAGACCACAGUGGCCAAAAGGUGCCACAAUGGUCUGCUGGACUAAAACAAAAUGAGGUGGAAGGAAGUAACAAGGACCCAUACCAACGUGAUAAAGUAAUGGUUCUACCAUGUCAGGCUGAAGGAAGAGUCAACAGUAAUAUUCCUGAGAUUACCCAGACAGACCUCUGUGACUCGCAACAGUCUUUUGUGGAAUCUGUAUUUGAAAGGCCAAGUAAUGAGACAACGCAGCGCAGCCAGUCCUGUGUAGUCUCAGUACAGGUAAAGAGUGAUUGUAUCCGACUAACAGACGGAGGAGCCCCCAGUGCUUCAUCUCGCCUCUCAGACUCAGGCAUUGAAAGUGAGCCCAGCUCCUUUGCCACUCAGCUUGUUCUAGGACAAAACACCUGUGGUGGCGUAUGUGUUGGGGAAUCAGGUGUCGCUGCGGCCCCACAGCCUGAGAGGGCCCUCCAGAGUUCUGCACCACGACCUGUUCAGCAUAGCACAGUGCAGAAGCCUGGAGGGGCUGGAGAAAUUCUGUACCCAGAAAGUAUCAGUGCCGUCAGUGGAGUCCAGUCAUCUCUCACUUCCAUCAACUCCUUGCCUUCAGAUGAUGAAGGUGAAGGCUCCUCUAGGGCCUCCAGUGGAGCUGAAGUCCGUGGCAGGAAGUCGAGCAUCUUGGUGCAGGAGCAGAGUUUAGUCUUUUCUGGAGAUAUGAGCGGACGGCCUGAUGCUGCCUGCAAACCUGACACUGUUGCAGGGGAUUCCCACCUUGGAAAGCCUUCUUUGGAUUUGGAAACAGACCCCAAAUUAAUAUGUAUUUCUGACUUGGGACUACAAGAAGCAGCCAGCUCUGGAUAUAAGGAGUCCCGUAGUGAACCUCAUACAGCCUGCCCCUCCAGUAACUCUGCCACCACCAGUAGCACUGACCUGGUAAAACGUGGAAUGGUUGAGAACUACUUUGGCUCAUGCUCUAGCACAGAUGUGUCUGAGAUCAGCCCUAUAGAAACAUCUGCUAUCACACUGGGAAUUCAGACAGGGCCACAGGUUGAGGAGGAUGAGGAUGAGACGGAGCAUGAGAUGAUAGAGAAUGGUUACUAUGAGGAAGGUGACGGCUACGCUUUUGUGAAUGGUGUUGCUGAUGACGAGCAGGUUGGGGAUGCAGCUGCUCAAGAGACAAAUCUUUCAUUUGAACAACUUGGCAUUGGCUACCUCCAUGAAACAAAAGAUUUAUCAAAAGCUCCGAUCUGCUCAAACAUAACCGCCAGCAGUGUUGGCUAUAGCUUCGGAAGACCUCCCUAUUCAGCCACUUCCCUUUCUUCGAGCUUGCAGUGGUAUGAGUGCGCACCCACACCACAGAUGAAAGCGUUUAUUAAGGCCAAGGAAGAAAUGAAGCAACUAAAGCUUCCUGGUUUCUUGUACAGCGAGGUGCCUGAGCUGGCAUCCACUGUGCCCUAUUUCAGCAUGGAGGAAGAUGAAAGCUGUGAAGAAGGCAUCCAUCUCAUAGUCUGUGUCCAUGGCCUGGACGGCAACAGUGCAGACCUCAGACUUGUGAAGACCUACCUGGAGCUUGGACUGCCUGGUGCUCGUAUAGACUUUCUAAUGUCGGAGAGGAAUCAGAAUGACACCUUUGCUGACUUUGAGUCAAUGACGGACCGACUGCUGGAUGAAAUAGUCCAGUACAUUCAGAUAUACAACCUUACAGUGUCAAAGAUAAGCUUUGUCGGUCAUUCGCUGGGAAACCUCAUAGUCCGCUCAGUGCUGACCAGACCCAGGUUUAAAUGUUACCUGAACAAGUUACACACUUUUCUUUCCCUUUCUGGGCCUCACCUGGGGACACUAUACAACAGCUCUGCUCUGGUGAAUACAGGCCUUUGGUUCAUGCAGAAGUGGAAAAAGUCUGGGUCACUUUUGCAGCUGACAUGUCGUGAUCACUCUGAUCCUCGCCAAACUUUCCUCUAUAAGCUCAGCAAGAAAUCUGGUUUGCAGUUUUUCAAGAAUGUGGUGCUAGUGGGGUCACUGCAGGAUCGCUAUGUACCCUAUCAUUCUGCUCGAAUAGAAAUGUGCAAAACUGCAUUAAAGGACAAACAAACAGGUCCUGUGUAUGCUGAGAUGAUUGAAAACCUGCUGCUGCCAGUGCUUCAGAACAAAGACUGCAGUCUAGUGCGAUAUGAUGUCAUUCACGCCCUGCCCAACACAGCCAACUCCCUUAUCGGCCGGGCUGCUCACAUCGCCGUCCUCGACUCUGAGAUCUUCCUGGAGAAGUUCUUCCUUGUUGCGGGCCUCAAGUUCUUUCAGUAGAACUGUGACAGAUUCGGACAUUUGGCUGGACAAGAGGAAUGUGGAGCGUAUACCUCAACGCAGCUAAAUUUUAUUCUGAUUAUAGUACCUGGAUUAUCUCUUUGUUUUUAAAUGCAUAUAACUUCUUUUUUUUUUUAAUUAUCAUUCAUAUAAGGAAAAUUGUGGUUUCUGUCUGAUGAUGUUGGAAUCAGUGGUUAUGGAUCUUAUUAUUUUUAUUUUUCUACUACUACCUUUUCUUUUUUUUCUUCGGAGGGGUGGUUAAAUUAUUUCCCCUCCUCAUAUGCUAUAUUUUCAGUGUUAUUUAUGUGCUUUGUUUUUACAUAAAACAUUGUUUUACUCCAUGUUAUUGAGUUAAUUUUAGAUGCUAAACUGGAAAUGUAGCUGCUACAAAAAUGAAAUGGCUGUUUUGGUGAGCUGGCCCAAGUCAAUUCUGCACGUACUGUCCUCACCAUUGCAAAUGAUUUUUUUUCCACCAAAUUUAAGAGACACUGCAUUGAUUUGCACCACAACUACAUUUUACAAGCUUUUGUACUGAAAAUGGUCAUUUGUACAAGUUACUUUUUUAUCAACAAUUUUCCAUCAUUUUUAAUGGCAAAGAUUGCAUUUGAAAUAGGAUUGUUUCUCAGCCUUGGCUUUGGUUGAAAUCUUUAUGCUGUCUCUAACAGUUACAGCAUUCUGCACAUUUGCCCAGCCUGGCGUUGGGAGCGUAAAGCUUUGCCGACAACAUGUUAUUUUAUUACAGGGUUUUAAGCAAUGAUCAUGAUUCAGGAAAAGCGCAUGUUGGUAAUAUGAACCUUUUAUCGAAAGCACUUGGUUAAUCAUUUGGUGAUUAUUUAUGUUUAAACUGGAAGUGUUGGUUGAAACUGAGAAAUGUUUCUUGGACAGUUGUUUAUAUAUCAUCAUAAUUUACCAUUAAAUAUGCAUACUAUGAAGUAGGUA